ACAGGAACAAUUCAAGUAAGAAACCUAGACAUGUAACCCAAUACCAAUCCAACAUCACUAACAUAUAUCGCAAUUUCAGAGUUCAUUACAUGAGAAUAAUUUUCAGGAGAAAUGGCAAUCCGGAGAAUGAGCAGUUGAUCCAAUGCCAAUGGACUAAGCAGAAAUGAAGAUUCAAGUCUUGACACUGCACGUGGAGUUGCUCCCAAGAGAGGAAUGGUUCUUUCCUUCACUCCCCUCACCACGUCCUUUGACAGUGUAAAAUACUUUGUGGAUAUGCCACCAGUAAGUAUACCUUUUUCCUCUUUCACUCUUAGUUUAGCUCAAAUGCCACUACUACACAAUCAUUUGUCGCGUUCUAAUGUGACUAAAGAAAAUCGUUGUCAAAUGAAUGUUUAGAAACACAAAUUCAAAUCUGUUUAGUAACAACAAAUUGUGUUGAUAUCAAUAGGAGAUGAAGGAACAAGGAGUAACCGAAGACAGGCUCCAAUUACUUCGCGAAGUAACUGCUGCAUUUAGGCCCGGUGUCUUGACUGCACUGAUGGGGGUCAGUGGGGCUGGAAAAACUACACUCAUGGAUGUUCUAGCGGGGAGGAAAACAGGUGGUUACAUUGAAGGUGAUAUCAGAAUUUCUGGAUUCCCCAAGAUUCAAGAAACAUUCGCUAGAAUUUCUGGAUACUGUCAGCAAAUGGACAUCCACUCACCCCAAGUCACCAUUCGUGAAUCUUUGAUUUACUCAGCUUUUCUUCGACUCCCUAAGGAAGUCAGCAAGGAGGAAAAGAUGGUUUUUGUGGAUGAAGUGAUGGAUCUAGUUGAACUAGACAAUCUCAAAGAUGCCAUUGUAGGGCUUCCAGGAGUUACAGGUCUAUCAACAGAACAGAGAAAGAGGUUGACAAUAGCGGUAGAGCUGGUUGCUAAUCCAUCAAUCAUAUUCAUGGAUGAACCAACUUCUAGUCUUGAUGCAAGAGCGGCAGCUAUUGUUAUGAGAACUGUGAGAAACACAGUGGAUACAGGGCAAACUGUUGUUUGCACAAUCUAUCCGCCUAGUAUUGAUAUCUUUGAAGCAUUUGAUGAGGUAAUAACACACGCUCUCUCUUUCUCACUCUCUAAGUACAUAUAUAUUAUCUAUCUCCCUAAAUGCACCAUAUUAUAUUGUGCAUCAGCUGCUACUGAUGAAAAGAGGAGGACAAGUGAUCUACUCAGGACCACUGGGACGGAAUUCUCGUAAGAUUAUUGAAUAUUUUGAGGUAUUUCACAUUCUUGAACUGUUUCUUUUCUUUUUUUAACAUAUAAAAAGACAAAUACAAAUAAUUCAACCAUUUAUACUUGUUUCAGGCAAUUCCUGGAAUUCCCAAAAUUAAAGAAAAAUACAAUCCAGCAACAUGAAUGCUAGAAGCAAGCUCAGUUGCUGCAGAAGUCCGGCUUGGAAUUGAUUUUGCCGAACACUACAAAUCAUCAUCGUUGCAUCAGUAAGUUAAAAGUUCAGUUAUAGCAACAAAAGUGUUUUAUUGGUUUUAAAAUCAACAGGGUUCAAACUAAUACAUGCGUAUGAACAGACGAAACAAAGCUCUAGUGAAAGAGUUGAGUGUACCUCCACCGGGAACAAAAGACCUCUAUUUCACAUCACAAUUUUCUCAGCCCAAUUUGGGGCAAUUCCAAUACUGCCUAUGGAAGCUGUGGUUGACUUAUUGGAGAAGCCCAGAUUACAACCUCGUGAGGAUGUUCUUCACCUUAGCCUGCGGCCCUUAUGGUUGGAUCAAUUUUCUGGCAGGUUGGCAAAAAAAGGUAUGCAUCUAAUUCUUACAAAAUUCAAAUCUAUGUCUCAGUCCAUUGGUAACAAGACUCAAAAGUCAUUGCUAAUUCCUUGUCUACAAUUUAUUUGAUUCAGGGAUAACACGGGUGAUUUGACCACGAUCAUAGGGGCAAUGUAUGCUGCUGUCCUGUUUGUUGGAAUUAAUAACUGCCAGACAGUACAACCGGUAGUAGCUAUUGAAAGAACCGUAUUUUAUAGAGAAAAAGCUGCCGGCAUGUAUUCUGCAUUACCAUAUGCUAUGGCACAAGUGAGAAUUUUCAAAUUUAACAUCAAAUGAGAGAUUGAAAAUGCAGGUCGUGAAGCUUGCAUUCUAUCUUUGCAUCUGUGAGCUCACUUCUUUUAAAUUAGAUAUUAGAUUGCUAAAUCUUCACAUUAGAUUGAAAAUUUUGUUCGUGAGCACUAUACAUCAAAUGGCUACCUGAGCUUGGGUAUGGAUCAAUUUUUGCAAUUUUUUUCAAUCCUAAUCUUAGAGUUAAUUGUUAUCUGAUAUGCAGGUAAUCACUGAAUUACCAUUCGUGCUUGUUCAAACCAUCUUUUUCAGUCUUAUAGUGUAUUCUAUGGUGGGCUUCAAAUGGGCAGUGCAUAAAUUCUUUUGGUUCUUUUCUCUACUAUAUCUCUUUUCUCUACUUCACAUACUAUGGAAUGAUGACUGUUUCCAUCACACCAAACCACCAAGUAGCAUCUAUUUUGGCAGCCACUUUCUAUGCACUCUUCAAUCUUUUCUUGGGUUUCUUCAUCCCUAGACCGGUAAUUUCAUUUUCCUCAGAAGCAGUUUUUUUUUUAUUUAAAAAAAAAAACAUUUUAACAUAGUUUAAUUAUUUUUUUUCCUUUGGUAUUGAAAAUUCAGAAAAUUCCGAAGUGGUGGAUAUGGUAUUACUGGAUUUGCCAGCUAGCAUGGACAGUUUACGGAUUAAUUGUGUCACAGUAUGGUGAUGUGACGGACCCCAUUACAGUUCCCGGGAUGAAAAAUUCCACUACUGUCCAAUGGUACGUGAAAAAUAAUUUCGGGUAUGAACCAAACUUCAUUGGACCAGUUGCUGGAGUUUUGGUUGGUUUUGCAGUGUUCUUUGCCUUCAUGUAUGCCUACUACUGUAUUAAAACUUUGAACUUUCAAAUGAGGUAGAAGAUACUAUUGAGUCAAAUUGCCCCUUGUGGAUAUGUAUUUGGAUUCAUCCAAGGUUUGAAAUUUGUAGCAGAUUGGAUUAUAUCGGAAUUCAUAUUUUAGGAUAAAAAUGGUUGUUUAGCAAGUUGUAUACUUACCACCUAGUAGAUAUCAGGGAUAUAUUGAUAAGUUUCGAGGACCAUAUAUAUGUAUAGUCAUUGGAUCCUAUUGAUAUAAGGGAAUAAAUUGCUUUCUUUGUGGACCAUUAAAAUAUUUAUUAGCUCAGCCAACUUCAAGCUACAUCGUCAAAUGGUUUUUGUUUCUUGUUUAGUGUUUUAUUUAUUUAUUUAUUUACUAAUUUAUGUCUUGUUUAGAUCAAUGGAUAUAUAUCAUGUAUAUAGUAGUAACACAGUUUCUUUAAAACUCCAACUUCACGAGAUUUCCAAAGUCUGCAAUCAAGAUGAAUCAAGAAAACAAACUAAAUUUCAAGCACUAAUGAACAAGAGAUAUCAACCACCAGCCAAUUUGGUGAGGUCUCCUAUUGGAUUAUCAACCUAAUGCGAAUGGCUCAAGUCCUUUUGUUGAAUAGUGAAGAAGAAGAAUAUAAAAGACGCACAAUGUAGAGACCUUGGUCUGAGCAAAGCAGAACUUAAAGUGACUUAAUCUGAUGAGUUUAGAAGAGUACAGGGUUUCUAGGAAGAUGAGGUUGUUAAAAACUGAGAGGGACGUGUAAAAGCACUCAUUUCUAUUAAUUUGUGGUUGUUCUUCACAUUAACGGGCAAAGCUAAGACUAAGAUCUAAAACCCCCCAAUCAACAAACAUUGGGUGUUUUGGGAAGAUGGUUAAAAACUGGCUUUUUGACUUUUUUUUGUGAGAGAGGAAGUGGGUUAAAAGUUGAGAAGUGGCUUUUAACCCACUUCCCAAAGCUUUCACUGAGUUGUAAUCAACUGUCGAUCUUCGUUUCUUAAACUGUAAGCCAUCAUUUUUGCAGCACCUUCAUUUGAACCAAAUUCCUCUGAAGGAAAUCAAGUCUUAGUUACACAAAUUCAAACCAUAAACAACCAAAUGGGUAGGUUUGAAAAACCCAAUUUGUUUCCUCAUGAGCACUAGUAAUUGCUAGCAGUAUAUGAAAGGAAAAUAUGCAAAUGAGUUUAACAAGCAUUUUUAUAAACAAUAUAUGUGC